GUUCGAUGGAAGUUUCGUUUACGUUUUUGGAGCUAAAAUUACAUCACAUUGUCCGCAACCGGCUACGGUACAUGUAUCGCCCAACCCGCCCUCCCGCAGGACGUAAAUACGCCCCGGACAGGUGAAGUUCAAGCUACGGAGGAACCAUUUCAUCAUCUCGCUGCAGUAAAUAACGAACGCCUCCCCCGAGACAAGAAGAUGCCGGCAGCGGAACAACCACUGCCCAACAACCAUCACCAGAACGGUAAAGAACCGGCCGCACCAUGCCGAACGUGUAUGGAUUUCAAAUCGUGGUCCAAACAGCAGCGCAAAUCGCUCAGCACCAGCGCCGGAACGGCCAGCGUUGCGAAGGCCGGCAGUGAGGGCGAGGUUGCAGCCCACCGCAAGGCGGACAGCUCGGACGAUCGGAGCGGUGGAUCACCGCCGAACUGCCCCAUCGACAAGGAGCAGCUGGGCCGGUACACGUGGGGCUUGCUGCACACGAUAGCGGCCUACUAUCCGACCACCCCGACCGAUGCGGAAGAGCGGAACGUGCGGACAUUCUUUACCUCCCUGUCGAAGCUUUACCCGUGCGAAUACUGUGCGAAAGACUUUCAGCAAGAGUUGAAAGAAAUGCCGCCGGAAACAAAGUCCCAGCACGCCCUGUCCCAGUGGCUCUGCCGGAUACACAACCGCGUCAACGUGAAGCUGGGCAAACCCGAGUUCGACUGCACCAAGGUGAACGAACGGUGGCGGGACGGUUGGUUGGAUGGGUCCUGCGAUUGAAAACACAUGCGUGUCUGGUGGUGCGUUUUCGGCAAUGUGAUGUGUGUGUGCGAGAAAAUUUACCUCCCCCGACCUAAGUUUUGUGCUCGUUGUAUGAUAAACGUACGUGUUAUACGCGUUUGUAGAUUAAAUUUAUUUCACUUAAGCUUUUACCAACCGUA